UACUCGCCAUCUCUGUUGUGUUGAAAAUCAAGGAGCGUAAAAUAAAUAGUGAAGUGGAGUGUUAUUACGGUUAGUAAAAAUUUUCAUUUUUUCAAAAUUACAUAAGCUAAAGUUGUCUUUUGUUAAGUAUGGUGAAAAGGAAGAACCGCAUUGUGUAUGACUCGAGCAGUGACGAUAGUGAUAGUCCUGAUGUUGACGACUCUCCUGCUGAAUCGUCUGGCAAAGCUGAUAAAGAAAACACAGAAAAUAAUAAACAAGAGGCCCCUAAACGCUCCGACUCUGAUUCUGAAACAUCUGAGAGUGAUGAUGACUGGACCGUGGAUGGAAAAGGUGGCAAAAAGAAAAAGAAAGCCAAAAAACCUCCAGCUUCGCAACCUCCUAAAAAGAGUCAAGAAGAUUCUUCAAGUAGCGAUGAAGGAAACGACGCUGAAAGUUCAGAACCUGAAGAAGGCGAAGUUUCUGAUUCAGAAAGUGGAUCAGGAGAGGCUUCAGACAGUGAUGAUGAAUUUAAUGAUGGCUAUGAUGAAAAUCUCAUGGGUGAUGAAGAAGAUAAAGCACGACUUAUGCAGAUGACAGAGAAAGAAAGGGAGCAAGAAAUUUACAAUCGUGUCGAAAAAAGAGAAGUACUAAAGACAAGGUUUGAGAUUGAGAAAAAGUUGAGGUUGGCGAAGAAAAAAGAGCAGAAGAUGAAAGCCAAAAAAGAGGAAAUGAAGCAGAAAAUUGAUGCAAGCUCUCGUAGUAAAGAAAGGAGGCGCACUGUUGAAGAGAAAAAAGAUAAACUGGAUAAAAAAGCACAAGCUAUCAAAGAUCUUAGGGAACAAAGAGAAAAGAAGCGAAAACUAGCAGAACUUCAACAACAGAAAGAAGUCGAUGAACAGAAAGAUGAAGAAGAUGCUGAAACAGAUGAUGAUACACAGCAGCCAGUCAAAAAGCUGAAAGCAAGUGAUAUUUAUUCUGAUGAUGACGAUGAUGAUGCAAGUGGCAAUGAACGUGAUAAUCAAAGCGAAGCUUCAUAUCGUUCACGUAGUGAAGAUGAAGAUGAGGAAUCCAGCAAAAAAGCUGAGUAUGUCAGUACAAAAGAAGAACUUUCUAAGAUAAGACUUUCAAGAUACAAGCUGGAAAAGUGGGUGCAUGCACCAUUCUUUACUAAGACUGUUAGUGGCUGUUUUGUACGUAUUGGAAUAGGUACUAAUGAUGGUAGACCUGUGUACAGAGUAGCUGAAAUUAUUGAUGUAGUGGAAACUGCAAAAAUUUAUCAGUUAGGUACUACAAAGACUAACAAGGGCUUGCGACUGAAACAUGGAUUACAAGACAGAGUUUUUCGUUUGGAAUUCGUAUCGAACUCGGACUUCACCGAUUCUGAAUUUCAUAAAUGGAAGGAAACUUUAAUGAUCGAGAACAUUGCUUUGCCAACGUUAGAUGACAUCAACAAAAAAGUUAAAGACAUUCAAGUAGCUUUAAAUUAUCAAUAUAAAGAGGAUGAUGUUGAAACAAUUGUAAAGGAGAAAGAAAGGUUUAAGAAAAAUCCACACAAUUAUGCAAUGCGAAAAACCAUGAUCAUGAAAAAUAAAGAAAUGGCAGAGAUUAACGGUAACCUGGAGGAAGUGCUAAAGUGGAAAACCGAGCUUGAUCGUCUAGAGGAAAGAGCAAAGGAAUUAGAUAAAAUGAGAACUAGUACUAUUAGUGGAAUCAGUUACAUUAAUGUACGUAAUCGCCAAAGAAAUAUCAUUGAAGCUGAAAAAGCUAUUAAAGAAGAAGCUCGGAAUGGGAAAGAGACGGGUGAUGAUCCUUUCACACGCCGUCGUUGUGCCCCUACUUUGGUUACGAAAAAAAAUGAAGCUCCCAUGAAUUCUGCAUUACUGUUAGAAUUAGCUAAAAAGAGAGAGUUGGAGAAGAAAAGACAAUUAGAAGAGGAAGAAGAAAUGAAGAGGCAAAAAGAACUAGAAAAAUUAAGAGCACCUUUGAGUAAUUCUCAAACAAAAAAUAUGCAAGACGAGGAUUUAUUUAGUGCCCAUGAUUUUGACAUUAAAAUCGAUUUACAGAUGCCUAAUAUUAACUUAAGUGCAUCACCUCGAGUGCCUGUACCUCCACCCAACGCGCCAAGAAGAUCACUAAACCUAGAAGAAUACAAAAAGAUGAGAGGCUUAAUUUGAUGUUCUUUGGACAUAAUAAACUUUAAUUGUUCUGAUUAUGUUAUCUUGGAUUGUUCAUAUUCCCAGUUAGCUAACUGGAUAGCUCUAGGAAGUUUAUAUAACAACCUGUUCAAAGUCUGCUGUAUGAAAAGAAGACUUAAUGUUGUACUGGAACUCUUAAUAUAUUUAUUUUGUAUAGCUUUAGUCAGCAAGAAAGAACUAUUUAUUUACAUUGUUGAUAUUGCAUAUACUUGUAUCUAGUAGAGAAAAUUGUGUAUCAUAAUUUAAGGCACAAUAUUACUUCCCUGUUUUAAUAUGGUACACCGUAAAUAUUGUACAUAAAAUUCUGUUAGCAUUUAG